AAGUUGCAUGGUACGGCAGACUCCUGAACUUUGUCACAAUGAGACGACUUUUAUUAAAACUGAUAAAUCGAGCGAUGCUGACUGGACCCGUUGGACCUAUGAUGGGCAGUGAAGCUGGAGUCCACACAAAUUCUCGCCGGAAACUGGUUGUGGGACUGGGAAACCCUGGAAUGAACCGUUCACGCCACAGCGUAGGCAUGGCAGUGCUGGAAGCACUUGCUUCCCGGCUUGGGGUAGCUGAUAACUGGCGUGCUGAUAGGCAUGUGUCCGGUGAGGUCAUCGUAUGUGACAUCCAGGACACCCAAAUCGUGCUUCUCCGACCACGACUACUGAUGAACAUAAAUGGUGUAUCCGUGGCCAAAGCAGCGGGUAAAUACAGCAUCAAGCCUGAGCACAUACUGCUGGUUCAUGAUGAGUUGGAUAAGCCUCUUGGAAAGCUUGCAAUGAAACAAGGAGGGAGCGCCAGGGGUCACAAUGGUGUGCGGUCCUGUGUCGAGUGUCUGCAGACUGAUGUGAUGCCCAGACUGCGUAUUGGGAUUGGCAGACCAUCAGGUAAAACAUCAGUGGACAGGCAUGUUCUGGGCCGCUUCUCUCAGGAGGAACAGGAGGUUCUGAGUGGGGUUUUAGAAGAGAGUGUGGACAUUCUCCUCUCCCAGCUCACUGACAAGGAGAAUGUGCAGUCCCCAGUGUCGCCACGUGGAGGCAGACUAGCAUCACAGACUGGGAAACAAAGGGAGCGUUUAAGCGCUCCACGAAAGGACACGACCACUGGCCAGACCUGAGACUAACAAGAGACUUUGACAGAGCCAGUGAAACUAAGAAUACUCUGGGAUAGUAGCUUUGCUGCUGCUGAAACAAAGCUGCCUCUUGCAGAAAUAUGAAAGUGUGUACAUGUUUUUAUUUAUUAUGACUUUGUUUAUGCUCUGGUUUAGGAUGUAUGUGAAAUGAAUGCCAAGUAAGCACACUUCGUUUCAAGGACAAAGAAUUUAGAUGUGUAUAAGAUAAUCAUCGCAUAGAUCUAGAUUGGUAUGCAGUAUGCAUUUAUUUUUAAGUUUCCCAAACUACCAUGUGUAUGGCUUUUGGUGGUCUAAUUAUGUGCAAGGUUGAAGGAGAGACCAAUACUUGAUUUUAAAAUGAUUAAACAACCAUCUUACCAAUGGCAUUGAGAAGAAAUGGAACUAAUAGUGAAUAAACGGAGGGUUUUCCUGAUAAAAGAA